UGUCUAGUUGUCGAGCGUAGUCGGUCCUGGAAAAGAAUCUGAGGGGUUUAAAAGUUGCUUUCUUGUAGUUUUGUUGAAUUAAUUGUGAGUUUGCUCAGGCGUUCUGAUAAAAUUAUGGCUUCCUCGGAUGUAGCUCGACAGCUGGAUAAAGGAGCCCGGCCCUUGUCCCUAGCUGGCCAUGUCGGCUUUGACAGUCUCCCAGAUCAGCUUGUCAACAAGUCCAUCAGUCAGGGCUUCUGCUUCAAUAUUCUCUGCAUUGGUGAGACUGGUAUUGGCAAGUCUACACUGAUGGACACACUGUUUAACACCAACUUUGAGAACUUUGAGUCGUCCCACUUUGAACCUCAGGUGAAGCUGCGGGCUCAGACCUACGACCUGCAGGAGAGUAACGUCAGGCUCCGUCUCACUGUGGUCAACACCGUUGGCUUUGGGGACCAAAUGAACAAACAAGAAAGCUAUCAGCCGGUGGUGGAUUACAUUGAUAAGCAAUUUGAGACUUACCUUCAGGAGGAGCUGAAAAUCAAGCGCUCUUUGCACAACUACCAUGACUCACGAGUGCAUGCCUGCUUGUACUUUAUCUCCCCCUCGGGUCAUUCGCUCAAGUCCCUGGACCUUGUUACAAUGAAGAAGCUGGACAGCAAGGUGAACAUAAUUCCAGUCAUUGCCAAGGCGGACACAAUCAGUAAGAGCGAGCUGCACAAGUUCAAGAUCAAAAUCAUGAGCGAACUGGUCAGCAACGGCGUUCAGAUCUACCAGUUCCCGCUUGACGAUGAGACCGUGGCAAAGGUCAACACCACUAUGAAUGGCCAUCUCCCAUUUGCUGUCGUAGGCAGCACAGAGGAAGUGUGUGUUGGCAAUAAGAUGGUGAAAGCUCGCCAGUAUCCAUGGGGCGUUGUUCAAGUGGAAAACGAGCACCAUUGUGACUUUGUGAAGCUGAGGGAGAUGCUCAUUUGUGUAAACAUGGAAGACUUGAGAGAGCAAACCCACACACGCCAUUAUGAGCUUUACCGGCGCUGCAAAUUAGAGGAGAUGGGAUUUAAGGACACGGACCCGGAAUGCAAACCUGUCAGUUUACAGCAGACGUAUGAGGCCAAGCGACAGGAGUUCCUGGCUGAGUUGCAGAAGAGGGAGGAUGAGAUGAGGCAAGUUUUUGUGCAGAGGGUGAAGGAGAAGGAAGGAGAGCUGAAGGAGGCUGAGAGGGAGCUGCAGGGUCGUUUUGAGCAGCUGAAGCGUCUGCAUGCAGAGGAGAAAGCAGCUCUUGAGGAGAAGAAGCGUCUUCUGGACAACGACCUGACUUCUUUCGGGAACAGAAAAACUGCGGCUGCGCUGCUCCAUCCCCCGGGCUUCACGGUCAACGGGAAGAAAGACAAGGACCGGAAGAAUUCUGGCUUCAUGUGAAAACCGAAGAGGUCUGAAGUGCACAUCAUUAUGACCAGUGUAACCAGUGGCCUUUUGUCCACAUUUUUUAAGCCAGUCCAAGACACUAACGAGAAAAACACAGCACAUAGGGCUGUACCCUUUAUUAGCUUGAGCUGCCAAAGUUUAGAGACAGUUUCCAAAAACCUAUGUACACGAUCUUCUGAUGUAUUUGUAAUCUUUUUUUAUUUCUUUGGGGGCGGGGGGUUUGUAUUGUUUUGUUUUUAUAUUUAACCUCUUUUCUUUUAUUUUUUUGGCCAGGCUGAAGAAAAACCAUUUCAAAUGUUGUUUACAAAUCACUUAGACUGGUACAAAAAUUCAUUUUUGGCAUUUUUUUCUACAUAAGUUGCUUAUUCUCCCUCUUUCGUCCCACUUUUCAGACUUGUUAGAGUUCUUCCCUUGUCAGUAUGUUAACAGUAAAGCUAACAUAUUAUUUUCAAAUCAUUACAAUCAGGUCAUUUUUCUUUGUUUAUAUAUAUAUAUAUAUAUAUAUAUGCAAAAAUUUUAAUUUAAGCUGGAAACAUCAUACAUUUGUUGCUGAAUUAGAUUUCCCCUUAAUCUUUGAAAUAUGUCUUUAAAAGGGUUUAACUUCAAAACCUUUUCUCAAAGAUAUUUUACUACAUUCAUCUUUAACAAUUAAGUCAAAGGGAAUUAAUUAGGGCUGCACAGUUAGUAGAGCUGUUGCCUUGCAGCAAGAAGGUCCUGGGUUUGAUUCCCAGCCUGGGUUCUUUCUGCAUGGAGUUUGCAUGUUCUCCCUGUGCAUGAUGGGUUCUCUCCGGGUUCUCCGGCUUCCUCCCACAGUCCAAAAACAUGACUGUCAGGUUAAUUGGGCUCUCUAAAUUCUCCCUAGGUGUGAGUGUGUGUGUGUGAAUGGUUGUGUGUCCUGUCUGUCUCUGUGUUGCCCUGCGACAGACUGGUGACCUGUCCAGGGUGACCCCGCCUCUCGCCCGAAACGUUAGCUGGAGAUAGGCACCAGAAACCCUCCUGACCCCAUUAAGGGACAAGAGUAAACAGAAAAUGGAUGGAUGGAUGGGAAUUCAUUAUGUUGUUUUUUUUAUUUUUGCUUUGAGCUUUGUAUAAAGAUCUUUUGUGUUCUGCAACAUUUGUCCUCCUAUAGUUGUUUCCAAAGGGAAGUGCUUCUUCCUGACUUUUCUCCAUUUCUGUGCAUUUAUAAAUACUAAGAUUUUCUGAAACUAGGAUUGCUAAAGUUUAUUUUUUGAUUUGGAAGAUAUUACAGGAUCUAUUUAUGAACAUAUUUCUUUCACUCCCUUUAUUCACUGCUACAAACAGUGGAUUUUUGCUGCAAAUCAUGAGUAAACUAUGCAUUAUAUUGUAUCAAUGUUGAGGGAACAAACCUAAUAGAAGGAUUGUGUUUUUCCUUUGUAUCCAUAUUUAGAUUUUACUUUGUACUGUAAAUCUAAAACAGAACACUGUGGUGCUGGUUUCCAACAAAGACUGGUUCAACUCACUUUUACUGACACUUUUUCUGACAAUUGUGAUUACAAAUAUUAGUGCCUUAAGUGUAUAAAACUUAGACAUACACUACCCACACACUGCCACAAACAUCAGAUUACUACACUUGUUUUUACGGAGUAAACAGUAUUAUUUGGAUUCUUUUUUGGUUUUUAAAUAAAUUCUUGUAUUUUUGUCAUGA